UCUCUUUUGUGUGUGUAUCUGUUGGUAGAGAGAUCAAAGGGAGUCAGACAAUCGCCUCCUAAUAAAAAAAGACAGCUUGGUAGCAAGCAGGGUCGGAAUAGGAUCUGCUGCCUCUUCGUUGUCGCCGAGGUGAUGCAGGUGGUGCGGGAGCAGAUCACGAGGACGCUGUCCAGCAAGCCCACCUCCCUGGACCUCUUCAAGAACAAGGUGAAUGCUCUGAACUACAGCGAGAUCCUGAAGCUGAGGCAGACCGAGCGGCUGCACCAGGAGGAGACCCUCGCCCCGCCCGUCCUGGAGCUGAAGGAGAAGCUGAAACCGGAGCUGCUGGAGCUGAUCCGCCAACAGCGGCUCAACCGGCUGUGCCAUGGGACUCUGUUCAGGAAGAUCAGCAGCCGCCGGAGACAAGACAAGCUGUGGUACUGCCGCCUGUCGCCCAAUCACAAGGUGCUGCACUAUGGGGAUGUGGAUGAGGAGAGCCAGACCCCGCCCAUAGAGACCCUGCAGGAGAAGAUUCCUGUGGCUGACAUUAAAGCACUACUGACUGGUAAGGACUGCCCACACAUGAAGGUGUCACGUUCGAGUCUUCUAAAGGAAGUCCUGGACCUGGCUUUCACCAUUACUUAUGAUUUGGAGGAGUACCAUUUGAAUUUUGUUGCAUCAUCAAGGAGUGACUUCUGCCUGUGGACGGACGGCCUGAAUGUCCUCCUGGGGAAGGACAUGACCAGCGAGUGCACGCAGAGCGAGCUGGACAUCCUGCUGUCCAUGGAGAUCAAGCUGCGCCUGCUGGACCUGGAGAACAUUCCCAUCCCUGACGCCCCCCCGCCCGUGCCCAAGCCCCCCAGCAACCUCCACUUCUGCUACGACUUCAGCCAGACCGAGCAGUAGAGGAGGAGGGGAGGAGACUGCACUGAGUAAAUAUUACUGUCCACACCUAGGGAUUUGUCCAUCGCUGAGUCCCAUCCCUUCAAACCGCUAGAGCGAAUGGGGACAGUUCAUCUUUACAGAGACUUGGUGCAGGGUAGACAGGACUCUCCUCUGAUUGAUGAUAGGCGGCUAAUGUGUCAAAAUUAUUUGGAGGUGACAGGGUUGAUGGAGGCGUUGCCGACCCAAGGGGGAGAGCUCCCUAUAGAAGAAUGGACUCUACUGAUAACUCCCCUCCCGUCAGCACAGUCACAGUGUAGCUGUAACCCACGACAGCUCAAAGGUACAGGCUGAUACUGACAGAACCCCUCUCACGGGGGAACGUCCAGCAAUUUACUUCCCUAUGAGUAGCAGGAUGUAUUACUAUUAAAGUGUUAGGCUUUUAUUUAGCCUGUUUUGCAUAAUCUAAAAAUGGCACAUAACUCCUAUUAACACAGCGCGUUUACUGAUUAUAAGAAUGUUUAAUUUGUGCAAUAGGAUUUUUUUUUUUUUCUAUAACCCGAGGGGGAAAAAGAAACUGCUGUCCUGCUGUUUCACUCGCUCUGAGCUACAUGGCUGACUACUACUAGAGCAAUGGACUGACUCCAUGGCAGAUAUUCUAACCAGGCAGUCCAACUGUUUGCUGCACUGGUUUAAUUCUGUGACGUACAUUUCAGCACCCCUGUCUAAGAUUCUGAACUCAAGAUGUACCCCCCUUUGUAGUUGUGACACGUUCACCCUAAUGUUACCCUACUAAAGGAAAUCGCCUCUGUACUGUCCUUAUUAACACGCACCGCAAAGAAAAAAAAAAUACUAAUAGAAGAUUUGCAUUAAUUACUGUAGAAUUUUGAAAAUGCUUUUUUUUUUUUUUUGCACGUUCGCUCUAUCAGUCACAAAUACUGACCUCACAAGUCGCGUCAUUCGCAUCCUAAUCUACUCUUUGAUAUACAGACCCGCAGCCUCACGUUGGGUUAAAUCCAGUUUUGUUUUUUUAUAAUUUAGUCGUCGCCCUUAGUUUUUGUACCCUGGUUUUCGCCCCAGUUUGGACAAUAGUUAUUUGUACCCCGGUUCACCGCUGCAACCCCCCGGCGACUCAGGUAACGGAGGCUGGAACAUGCGUCCUCCGAAACGUGUUCCUGCUAAUCCCUCAUUUUACGCACAGCCAGGCCUCCAGACCUAUAGCCUCCACUGCAGACCUGCAGGCGCCCUAUCAGCCACAGGGGUCGCUGGUGU